GUUUUCAUCAGCAGGACAGUCUCAUACAGCUCGCUGCUCUAAAGGGAUGUGAGAGCUGGGGCUGGCUCUUGUCGUAAAUGUGUUUAUAUUUUCAGCGUAGGCUUUGUUCAGUUUCAGCUGGUGAAAUACAGGUAUGUCACACGUGCUGCACACCACUGCACAGUCAUUUCUAUCCUCAUCAACUGAGCGGCGCACACAAAUUUAGCUGUACAAGCUUUCAUUUUAUCUUCCUUUUCCCUCCUCUAAUUACUUAAAUUAUUGAAAUGAUAUCUAUUUCUAGUCUCAUGUUUAGUCUGUGAAAUGUCAGUAUGAAAUUAUGGCCUUAAUCGUGUAAAAUAUUUGUUUUGAGCAGACCUCAAACUCACUGACCAAGUACAAAAGAAUAAAAAGCACUACGGAGCAGUUUCUUGAAGGUGGUUUUAGUGAGGGCCUACAAAUGCCUAAUUUUUCAUGUCUUAAGUGCUUAAAUGUCGCUUGGUUUGAGAUUUUGAUAUGCCUAGCAAGAUGAUAUAGUAAAGCACUAUGAGCCAAAGAGACAGAAGUCAAGUGUUUUGAGUACCGCAGUAAUGGAAGGAGGACUGUAGCAUCAGAGGGAAAAAAACAGUUCUAACUUUCUCUGCUAAGACAAAGUUCUGGUUCACAACCUUAGCCAGAUACCCAAACCUGGUUUUCUGCUAUUCGUUUUACAUUAUCACGUGAAAAAGAAACAAAAAAUGUACAGUUGGCAGUUUUCCUCUUUGGGAGAUGAAAAUCAGAGUUGUCGUGGUAGGUACAAGUUGGCGUGUUCCUGUCUGGAGAGCUCCUGUGUGGGGGGAGGAUUUGCCCAGUGCUCCGCUGCGUCGUGCUGCUCGUUGGCAUGGACUGCAGGCACAGGCUGCAGUAAGUGUUUCAUCGAGAGUUGAUCCAAUCAUAAUAAUAUCACAUGAUGGCAGCAUUUGUGUUUGUCCUCGGAUUGGCACUCUGAGUUCACGCCUGGUAAAUGCAGUUCUUGUCAGCUCAUAGCGAAGUUUAAUUCAGGCUGUGCUUGAAAACAUGUGAUUGUUUAAUGAAAGUAAGCUGCGUACUCUAUGCCAAAGUAAGAGAAAGGGGUUGUAACUUACCGAGAAAAUAGUGUUGGUGGAGGUAAGAUUUACUAUGUUUAGGUCAGCCAAGAUGUAUUAACUGUUCCCGGAGUCUGACCUGCGGCACAUCCACAUGAAUUUAUAACUUUGGUGUUGUCUAAUACAUGGCUUUAAUACAUUCCGGUCCCCUUGUCUUACUUUCAGUAGGUGAACGCUGUGUAUUAAUGUUGCUCACUAAGAUGUACUAUAGCUUUUCUUCAGGGAAAACUCAGAAAUUGAGUUGCAAAUCGGAGCAAUGCAAAGUGAUCCCCGCCCGCAGGUGCCGGCUGCGGAUCCAGGGGAGCGAGGAGGGGCUCUGCAGGGAGCCGAGCAUCACACGGCAUCUCUGCCACUGUGCUUCACCAACCCAUGUUUGCCACUUCGCUGUGCUUUUGCAGGAGAAACCGGUAAUGGAAGAGAACAAAUUCAGCCACAUCGAGUCAGAGUAGGUCUUACAGCAUAGGGGUGCAAACUUUUUAUGUAUUUAAAGUUUCCAGUUCAAUUACUGAAAAUGACUACUAUAGUUUUACAAAGUAAAACUGCAGUAUCUUUAAAAAAGGGACUCUUUUGUAGGUGUUUCUGUCUUUGCGUGGGUAUUUGUCCUGAACUGAAUGUUGGGUUUGUUUGUAAGUAAAGUCAGAGCAGAGCCUGCGUGAGCAAAACAAACAGCUGUAUUCUGCUGCCCUCUGUCUGGACCACAUUGUUAAUCAGUAGUGUUACCUUAAACUUCCAAGGGUAUCUGAUGUAAUUGCAUUGUAUAACGGUUUACAAUAAAGUUGACUUAUUACAG